AACUUGAAAUAUUAAGUACAUAAAGAAAAUUGUGUUAUUUGCAAUAAAGGGGAAAAGUCAUAAAGGGUCAAAACAACUAAGAGACCAUAAGUUACCAAAAUUUACCACUAGCUGCAAAGAUGGCCAAUCCAUGGACGCCAUCCGCACCCUCAACAGCAACGCCCAGGACGCUCUGCUUGACAGUCCAGUUUUGAUUUUAUGUAUUUCCCAUAUUUGGUGUUUUAGUUCCUGUCUACCACUUUUAGUGUGGUUGUACUUCCUGUUUUGUGUGUGUUUCCCUGCAGUGACUAACUCCCGCGCCACACACCUGUUUGGUAUGACCAAUCAACACUAUUUCAGUUGUGCGGCUGCUACAUUCUGUGUUGGGAUGUUGUAUAUUCUGGAUGCUUCUUCUGCCGCAUGUAUUACUGGCCACCGAGGAGCAGAUGUAGAGGAGACAGUCUUCAUCAACAUGCUGGCUGAGGCAGGAGCAAGAAGACAGCGCGUCUUCCAGCAUUCUGCCAACGCCCAAGCUGGCCGUCUCAGCCCUUCUCCUCAAAGACUCCGCACUGGAGUCCCCAACAGCUGGUGUCAGGAAAACCCUGACGGCAUGAUCCACCACCUCUCUCACCAGAUGAACACUUCGGCGUCGAAGCUCUGUGACCAGCGUCACUUCCUGGAUCCAGCUGAUGUUGGAGCUGCUCAACAUCUUCUGCAGCUUGUCAACCAGAUACCGGAGGAAGCUCCCCACAUCUUGCUCCGUUUUGGGACACACCACUGCCAGGAACAUUUGGAGACCAUCCAGUGUUACCUUUUUAAAGAAGAGACAAAUAAGUGGGUGAAUUGUUCCAGAACAUUCAUCAAGGGCAGGAGAAAAAAAAGGUGUCCUUACCCUCCUCCCAAGCAGCUGUGAUAGCCAUAUCUCUUCAUCAAGUUCCUGGCAGAACGGAGCCCUAUAGGAAAGAAAAUGAGAAGAGACUGUAGAUCGGGGGUCACCAAUGCGGUGCCCGCGGGCACCAGGUAGCCCGUAUGGACCAGAUGAGUCGCCCGCUGGCCUGUUCUAAAAAUAGCUCAAAUAGCAGCACUUACCAGUGAGCUGCCUCUAUUUUUAAAAUUGUAUUUAUUUACUAGCAAUCUGGUUUCGCUUUGCUCAACAUUUUUAAUUCUAAGAGAGACAAAACUCAUAGAAUUUGAAAAUCCAAGAAAAUAUUUGAAAGACUUGGUCUUCACUUGUUUAAAUAAAUUCAUUUAUUUUUUUUACUUUGCUUCUUAUAACUUUCAGAAAGACAAUUUUAGAGAAAAAAUACAACCUUAAAAAGAAUUUUAGGAUUUUUAAACACAUAUACCCUUUUACCUUUUAAAUUCCUUCCUCUUCUUUCCUGACUAUUUAAAAUUUAAAGCCCACCAGGCUGCACCAAACUUUUGGUGCCUUGUUGACACAAAAGUACAGUGGUGUAUGCGCAGCAGCUAUGAAGGUUGCAAGCCUGUUAGGUUCAACUUAUCUUUGUGAAUCAGCCUUUUCUGACAUGAACUUCAUCAAGAACAAACACAGAACACGCCUCACUGAUGCACAUCUGCAAGACUCACUCAGAGUUGCAGUGUCAAGUUACACACCAGAGUACAACACACUAGUUAACAGCAUGCAAUGCCAGGCUUCCCACUAACUGACAAAGAAACACAUAACAGAUUUGGUGUCCAGUUCAAAAUGUGACAUGAUUUAUUUAAAAAUUUGAGAGUUGUCUUUUGUAUUUUACAUGAGUUAUUAUUUGUACAAACAUGUUGCAAAGUAAUUCAUGAUUUGUUAAAAAAAAGUGGCUAGCUAAUUAAAAUGAGAUAUUGUGAUUUUACAAGACUGUCUUAGAAGUGAUCAUUUGAAAAUGUUCAAUUUGAAAAAUGUGCACUUACAGAAAAUAUAAAA